UUAUAUAAAGGCAAUGUGGUUUUUCUCUCAAUUCAUUCUCUAGUUUUAACAAUAGUUUUGUGUUCUGAGAUUCAACACUUUUCUUGUCAAUAACUAUUUAGUAAUGGCUGGAAUUGUGGUGGUCUUCGACUUUGACAAGACAAUCAUUGAUGUGGAUAGUGAUAACUGGGUGGUGGAUCAGUUAGGUGACACUGAAUUGUUUAAUCAACUUAUGCCCACUAUGCCAUGGAACUCUCUCAUGGAUACAAUGAUGAAGGAGCUUCAUGCACGAGGGAAAACUAUUGGAGACAUUGAAGAGGUGCUGAAACGGGUUCCCAUACAUGAGAGGAUUGUCCCAGCCAUUAAAUCAGCUCAUGCAUUAGGGUGUGAUUUGCGAGUAGUAAGCGAUGCAAAUGUAUUCUUCAUUGAGACAAUCUUGAGACAUCUGGGAAUUGGGGAUUGUUUCACGGAGAUCAACACGAAUCCAGGCUGCGUCAAUGAGGAAGGCAGGCUUCAAAUCCUCCCUUACGUUGAUUUUCAAACAGCCCCACAUGGCUGCAAUCUCUGCCCUCCCAACAUGUGCAAGGGUCUGAUAGUAGAAAGAAUACAAGCCUCCUUGGCUAAGGAAGGGAAGAAAAGAAUGGUCUAUCUAGGUGAUGGGAUCGGCGAUUUCUGCCCCAGUCUGAAGCUCAGAAAAGGAGAUCUCGUCAUGCCAAGAAAAGAUUUCCCAGCUUGGAAUCUGAUAAACAAAAAUAGGACACUAGUAAAAGCAGCGGUCCAUGAGUGGACUGAUGGGGAAGAGCUUGAGCACAUUCUUCUACAACUGAUUAACAUAAUCAUAGCGGAAGAAAGCCAAUUGGUAUCAGUCGAGUGCAAAUUCCAGACGAUGUCCAGAGCAGCUAAUGGAGCUUUGUCAGGGGCUCUUCCAGUACCUUACUAACGGCAAGCCCGCCAAAGUCAUUACCAUUGAGUACCUGACUUGUAUUGUAGGUAGUUGAGUGGGGUCUCUCUGUUGAUCAACUUCAUGAAAGAGAUCAACUUAAAGCGGGCUACAAGAUAUCUAGAAUUCCACUUUGUGUAUCUAUGGCUUUUUCCUAUCAAAAGUUGAAAAGUCGUCAAUGUAUUUACACCUGUGGUUUUAGUUCAAAAUACUCUUUAACAAAUUCUACGAAAGAGGAGGCUUUGUAGCACUGGCCUCUAUACAUUGUUUUUACACCAAUUUACCAUUCAAUAUGAAUCUAUGUUCAUAGAAUCUCCAAA